CCCAGCCGGAACACCAGCGCAAUACGUACCUAUUCGUUUUGCACAUGAAAAAGAUUUAAACACCCCCGCAUUGAAUUUAAGGUAUAAUACACCGCGUCAGUCGGUCCGAGCACUCCGAAACUUGUCUGCAAUAAGGAUGUCAAAACGGUGAAUGACAGUUGCAUCGAUAUCAGGUGCGUAAAAGUGAGAAAACAUGGUGAGGGUGACAUUCUUGCACCCGGACCUUGGUAUCGGCGGCGCCGAGAGGUUAGUGGUCGACGCAGCACUGGCUCUCAAGCACCACGGUCACGAUGUCAACUUCGUUACGAGUCAUCACGACAAGAGCCAUUGCUUCGACGAAACCAAGGAUGGCACUUUCGAGGUCACGGUCGUAGGUGAUUGGCUUCCCCGGCAUGUUUUCGGCAGGUUUUUUGCUAUUUGCGCCUAUUUCAGAAUGAUGUAUGCAGCCCUGUAUAUAAUUUUAAAAGGUGACGUUCCUGACAUUGUUUUCUGUGAUUUAGUAUCUGCGUGCAUUCCAAUACUCAAGUUGAGAGUACCAGUAGUUGUGUUUUAUUGUCAUCAUCCGGAUCAGGUACUGACAAGUUAUGAAAGUCAGCUGAAAAAGCUCUACCGUGCUCCAAUUAAUUAUCUUGAAGAAAUUACUACAGGCUUGGCCGACAAAGUAUUUGUUAAUAGUGUUUAUACCAAAUCCGUAUACAAAAAAACUUUCAAAAGACUGAAUGCAGAGAGCACUGAAGUGUUGUGUCCUUCAAUAAACACAGCUUUCUUUGAUCGAGUACAUAUACUCACAAUGGAAAGGGUAUUGGACAAAAGAAUGUUGUCUGACACCUGCUUCUUACUUUCCAUCAACAGAUAUGAGCGUAAAAAGGAACUAUCCACUGCAAUUGAAGCAUUGGCUGAUUUGAAAAACUUACUUAGCAAAGAAGAAUUCAGAAAAGUUUACUUAAUAAUGGCUGGUGGGUAUGAUAAGAGAGUUGAAGAGAACGUUGAAUAUUAUUUGGAGCUGAAUGCCCUUGCCGACGAAUUAGGAGUUGCAAGUAAAAUAUUUUUCUUGAGAUCCCCAACGGAUAUUGAAAAAGUAUCUAUUUUAGUAAAUUGUGAUGUUUUAAUAUAUACGCCGCCCAAUGAGCAUUUUGGGAUAGUGCCUUUAGAGGCAAUGUAUGCUUCGAAGCCUGUUGUUGCCCACGAUUCUGGCGGACCUAAAGAAUCUGUUGUAGAUGGUAUUACGGGUUUUCUCGUGGAAAAAACAAGUUUUGCCGAAAAACUGGCAGUAUUGAUAAAAGAUGAGUCACUUAGAAGACAGUUUGGAGAAGCUGGCAAAAAUGUUUUUUUAGAAAAGUUUAGCUUUCAAGCUUUCAGUGAAAAACUUAAUUCCUCGAUACUUGAUGUAUAUGAUAAAAAAAGGCGAUAA